UUCCGUAGUAUGACUGAUGACUGGCCGGUGUUGUUGUGUUUGGUGUGUGUAGAUGUAGGUCACCAAACAAACACGCACCAGCUAUAUCACUUACAGCAGCUCCUGAUGGAAACGCGUGUUUAAAGCAGAGCGAAUAAACUCUACCAAAGCGUAACAAGGAAUGUCUUGGAAUAAGUAUGUUGUUAGUGAGAAUGUCCCGGAGACUGAAGCCACGCCCCUCACGACCCUCGGCCCAGAAGAGAAGCAGGCUGUGGGAUCACAGUUGGAGGGCAGCUCUACAGGGUACGAGCCGGUGACGGUGUGUGUGCCAGCGGAGCUGCCGCCGGUGGUGCCCGUGACGGGCGAGUCGUUCUGCCAGUGUCCAGCUCAAACAGAGCUCAACUCAGAUGCCCAGAUCUGCCCAUACACCCUCAGCUGCACCUGCGGAGAGGAAGAACAGGGGUGUGAUUGGGUUUGGGACGAGGAAAACAAAUCAUCCUCCGUGUCUCUGAGCUGCUCUAACCGGAAGGUGGGCUUCCACUCGGAGUACAGCUGCGGAACCGCCGCCAUCAGAGGAGCGAAGCCUCUCAGCGACGGACAGCACUUCUGGGAAAUCAAGAUGACAUCUCCCGUCUACGGCACAGAUAUGAUGGUUGGUGUCGGGACAUCAGAAGUGAACCUGGAUCAGUUCAAACAUAGUUUCUGCAGCCUGCUGGGCACAGAUGAGGACAGCUGGGGUCUGUCCUACACAGGUCACCUACACCAUAAGGGGUCAAAGGUGAACUUUUCAUCACGAUUCGGACAAGGGUCCAUAAUCGGGGUCCAUCUGGACAGCUGGCACGGCACCCUGAGCUUCUAUAAGAACCGCCGCUGCAUCGGCAUAGCAGCUACUCACUUGCAGAAUAAGCGUCUGUAUCCGAUGGUGUGUUCGACUGCGGCCAAGAGCAGCAUGAAGCUGAUCCGCUCACAUUCUGCACCCACCACAUUGCAGUACCUCUGCUGCACACAGCUGCGCAAAAUGCUUCCCAACUGCGCAGAUGCUCUUCGCGUGCUGCCUCUGCCGCCGGGUCUGCGUCUGCUGCUGUCUAACCAGCUGGGAUGGGUGCUGACCCUCGGCUGUGCAGACGCCUGCGCACACAACAGGGAAGACAAAGCCACACAAACAGAAGAUGGCGACUAUGACGAAUACACAAGCCCUUUUCCUUCCCACAAUCCCUCUGACACCGAACGCGUCUUUAUUUCUAGUUCCUUCUCUGAUAACCCUGGAUCUUACCAUGGUAAAGAUGAGCCUCUUGAUUCUACUUCCUGUCCAGAUGAUGUGCAUUAUCAAGAUGGCGUCUCCAUAAUGGAUGUUACCUGUUACCUUGAUCCUUCCUCACCUUCUGACCUCUACUGUGGCUCCGCCCCCAGCCCUGAUCACAAUUCCCCUCCCGACCCUAAAUUUCAGCACAGAUCUGCUUCCUGUUCUUGCUGUGACCCGCUGGGAUCUGUUUCCAGUGACGACUGUAAAGGAAAUGAUAACAGUUCUGUGUGUAAACCGGAACACACCGGUUCUUGCAUUCUAUGCUCCUCCUACACUCCACCAGGCCACGCCUCCUUCUGGCCUGACUCCGCCUCUGAGAGUGACUCGGACGGCUUCUCUGCAGAGCUAGAGAUGUAUCAGAGGAAACGCUGCCGCUGGACAUGAGACACAAUGUUUACAUGUAAAUCACAGGUCAAAGGUCACAUUUAAUGAGAGAGUUCAUGGUUUACUCGCACUCACGUUGUUUCAAGCUCAUUUAAGUAAGACUGCAUGAUUAACCGAAAUUGUGAUAUGACUUACAGUCGCAAAGACUGCUAUUUAAUUAAAUAUAUGUCAAGAAAAGAGAAGCCCUUAGAAACAAUCUGUUGUUUGCAAAAAAGGAGCUUCAAGGGCUCCUUGCUUUUUUUUUCUGCCAAAAUAAUGUUUGAAAAUUAAGAAAUUAAGCCAUAUAUAUUAGUAUUGUAAUUUUGCAGUUAUACUCUAAAAUAAUUAUAUUAAUUUUACACUGAACAUUUUUGUUAAAAAUAUAAUUUUAUCAUUAAUAAUAACAACAAUAAUAAUAAUAAUUAUUAUUAUUUUAAUUAAUUAUUUAUUAUUAUUAUAGUCAUAUACAAGUCAUAAAUAUAAUCACAUAAUUUUUGGACAAAUUGUACAGGCCUACAAACUGUUUUUUUUAAAUAGCAUUUUAAAUCAGUCACAAUUUUUAUCAGAAAUUUUUGAAAUUGCACGUUUUAAUUUUUCAAUUUUCACAUUUUUUUCUACAAAUUGUUCAGCCCUAGGUAUGAGACUUUUUAAUUUUUUUCUUGAAUGCUUAACACCUCAUUUUGUGUCCUACAGAAGAAAGUAAGUCAUGUGGGUUUGGAAAAACAUGGGAGAGUAAAUGACAGAUUUGUCAUUCUUAGGUCAACUAUUGCUAAAAUCCACACAUCAUCAGUUCAACUCAAACCGCUCGUCCUCAUCCCUUGCCAAACUAUCAAAAUGCAUUCACUGGACUUGUUGUGAAUUAUAACCUUCAUGAAUCCCGUGAAUCAGUGGCUUUAUUUUUAGUAAUCUGCUUCUUUUUCCAAUUAGUUCAUUCAUUAUUCAGGGUUCAGGAUGGGGUUCAAGAUUGAAAUUUCUCAUGAACUUGCUCAUUUCCAGUGCCAAUGUUUUCUAGUCAGGUGGCCCUUUUUGAAAAGGUUUAUCUUAUAUAUUAAGGGUAGAUCAACACAUGCCAAACAUCUUUUGCAGCAGUAUUAUUGAAAUAUUGUAGGCAUCAGUAGUUUGUCAGUAUGUUUGAGUUCAUUCACUCAGACUUUGAGAGACGAGUUCAUGAAAAACCUCAUGGCAUCUAUAAAAACCAGCACAGGCUGAGUGCAGUAGAUUAAUAUCUGAGCCUGUCAAUCAGACUGUUAAUUACAGUGUUACAUUAUUUAUCAUAAUUCAAUAUCAGAGAGCUACAGCUCUGCUAUGACAACUAAAUGCAUAUCUGAUUUAAUAAACACUGUAGACUGUGUAUUUUCAGAUAGGACAGUGCGUUUAUUCCUUAACUUUUAUUCAUUAGUUUAACCCCUCAAUAUUUGAUUAUGAUUUAUUAUAUACUCGCUAUAUAUGAAUGAAUGGUUUUGUACUCUUUUGCAUGUUUUCUUACGGAUUACAUUGUUUUGAGGUAAAAAAAUAAAUAAACAACAAAAAAAUCGUAAUUGUAUGUUUUUUUUUGUUUGUUUGUUUUUAUGUAUAUAAUUUGCUCUUUUUAAUUUCACCAGUAUUAAACUUCUGAGCC